CUCAUACAUUUAGCUUUAGCCAAAAUUAGCUAGCUGUUCAUAUCAUAGAUAAAUCCUGCCGAAUCGAGCGUUUUGCCUCUCAGUCGAAAGCCUAUGCAGGGGUUAUUUAUUUGGUGCUGCCCAGGUGUACAGUGCCAAACAUGUAUAUAAAAGCCUUAUUUCGAUGCAGGGAUAUGCUGAAAGGAGAACUGAUCGUGUGAAAUGCUGGUUAGCUUCAUCAGAGCUAGCUGAGUAGCAGGGGCCGAGAAGCGAAAGUGGCUAACAUUAACGAGGGCUAAGCCUAUCACAACAAGCCUGGCUACUUUAAUAUACCUGCCGUGAGCACAAGAAGAAGGACUGACUGAGAUAGUUCCUUUCCUACGAAGUAGCAGUGGGCGUCUCUAGGGCAGAGCCAUGGGUGCGUUCCUGGACAAGCCCAAAACGGAGAAGCACAACUCACAUGGUGAGGGCAACGGCCUGCGCUACGGGCUCAGCUCCAUGCAAGGGUGGCGGGUGGAGAUGGAGGAUGCUCACACAGCUGUGUUGGGACUUCCAGCUCCCGGUAUGACUGACUGGUCCUUUUUUGCCGUGUACGAUGGUCAUGCUGGCUCUCGGGUUGCCAACUACUGCUCUAAGCAUCUUCUGGAACACAUAAUCACUGCCAGCUUAGGGGCCGGAGGUGCGCAGGGUUCCCAGGGUGGAUCAGGCGGCUCUGCCAGUGACCCUCCAACGCCGGUUCCUCCUACUGUGGAGGCUGUGAAAGCUGGGAUCCGGACAGGCUUCCUGAGGAUUGAUGAGCACAUGCGCAGCUUCUCUGACCUCCGUAACGGCGUGGAGCGUAGUGGCUCUACAGCAGUGGGCAUUCUCCUGUCACCCGAGCAUUUCUUUUUCAUUAACUGUGGCGAUUCCCGAGCUGUUCUGUACCGCAAUUCACACGUGUGCUUCUCCACUCUUGACCACAAGCCCUGCAACCCACGCGAGAGAGAGCGCAUCCAGAACGCAGGUGGCUCCGUGAUGAUUCAGAGGGUGAACGGGUCGCUGGCCGUAUCGAGGGCCUUGGGGGACUACGAUUACAAGUGCGUGGAUGGCAAGGGCCCCACGGAGCAGCUAGUUAGCCCUGAACCAGAGGUGUCUGCGAUGGUUCGGGCACCGGAGCAGGAUCAGUUUGUGAUUCUGGCAUGUGAUGGUAUCUGGGAUGUCAUGUCCAAUGAGGAGUUGUGCGAGUUUGUGAAAUCUAGGCUUGAGGUGUGCGAUGACCUUGAGAGAGUCUGCAAUGAAGUGGUGGACACCUGCCUGCACAAGGGGAGUCGGGAUAACAUGAGUGUUGUGUUAGUGUGUUUACCCAACGCUCCCAAAGUGUCAGAGGAAGCUGUGAGGAAAGAAGCAGAGCUCAACCAAUAUCUGGAGUCUAGAGUGGAAGAGAUGCUUUCAAGGCCAGGGGAGGAGGGCUUUCCAGACCUGGUAACGGUGAUGAGGAACCUGUCCACCGACAGCGGCAUGCCCACUCUGCCACCAGGGGGUGGUCUCGCCAGCAAACGCAGCGUUAUCGAAGCAGUAUACAACCGUCUGAACCCACACAGGGAGGAAGAUGGACCCUCCUGUUUCAUUUGACUGGAGCGGAUUUGGAGUGCCACUGGUAGCUGUCCAGCACAACUGCCUGAUCCAAAACAACAGGACCACUAUUUCCACACGAGAUCACACCCAUAGUCACCUUUUAAUUUCCUCUGGGAUUUAUUUUUAUUUUUCAUUUUUUUCCCACACUGAGAGAUUAAUGGAAGCAGAAAUAUUGGUUUGUAAAACAUGGAGGACUGCAAGACAAAUUGUGUUGGUUGUUUUUAUUGAACAAAAACUGCAUUCACGUUCCAAAAGCAGGACAUCUAGAGUAUCAGAGGAGAGGCACACAAGCACAGUUUCUCUUGGCCCUUUGCUUUCUUACUUUCUUUGAGGUGGUUGUUUUUGUUGUGGAUUGACAGAGAUGUGAGAGCAGCCCUGCUCUGGAUUCUUUGGGGCUCUUUUGGUGCCUUGCUCAGACCUGAGAGAGAAGAGAGGACCUCAACCCGACAGCCAGCCGACCAUUACCAAAAACCAGCCACUCGCAGGUGUUUGUAAGACUGAAUAGACUGAAGUGGUUUUGUGGCAUUAUUAGUUUUUUUUGAAGUGUGAACUUCUCUGGGAGCUAAUUGACCUGCGAUCCCCGCUAAGCUACGCUGUCCAGUCCUGGUUCAGGGGCGUCACUGCCCCCAGCUUCAAAACUCACCAAUCAAAGACCUCUGAGGAGCAUUUCUGAGAGUCCGUUUGGCAACAAAUUUCAGUUCAGCUUCUCCGUAUUGAACUAAAACAGGACGUGGGCUGGCGGCUGCACACAGGUUGAACUCAUGGCGACUCCUCUUUGCACGUCUCUGCUCACUUCCUCUCCUCUCGUCUCCUAAAGGACGCUGUCAAACAGACGAUUCGUCACUCUUCCCUUCCGUCUCUCUCCUCAUCUUCGCCUCCUCCGUCUCUUCAUGCGACAGAAGGGACUCGGCGGUCGCCUGCAUCAGCAGACGUCGCCAGAAUCAUAAGCUUUUGAUCCUGCUGUUGUUAAAGAUAUAGAAAGAUAGAAAUGAUUAUGUAUUAAAUUCAUAUAUAGAUAUAUAUAAACACAAAGAUAUAUAUUUUGAUUUGUUUGUUUCAUCUAAAUUCGCAGCAUAGGAAUCGUUGUGGCCUACUGUGCAUGUGGUCUGUGUUCCCACACAGCAGCGUUCCAAAGACAGGGUUUAAGGUGAAGGAAUUCCAACCUCACUUUCUUCUUUCAACACAUCCACACUCGGUCCUGCUCACACUACAACUCGCCUUUUCUAUCUUUCCAAUAUCCCGUGUGGGGAAAAAAAGCCUCUUUUUGUUUUGAUUGAAAAAAUUUUGUCAUUUACCUUUUUAAAACGAUUUUUUAAAUGUUUUUUUGGUUUAUAUGGCUUAUCUGAGUGUUAUUGCUGUGGUCCUGUUCCACACGGAUAAAACAAGGGGAGCACAACACACACCUUGUACAGCAUAUUGGGAGAGAAGUUUUUUUAUUUUGGUGUUUCACUGUAUGAAGUAAAGGAGGGAAUCUGUGGAUGGAGGAGAAUACAGAUCUACACGUGGGGUUUGGUUCACACUGUUAAUGAAAAUGCUGAUAUGUUUCCACGGUUACCUUCAUGGACUUUGCCUCAAAAGGUGCUGAGAAAAAAAGCCCCUGUGUGACUCUUUGGAUUAACCCGGAAUCUGUUUAAUUUCGCCGAGCACUAAAAAAACCCACAGAUUUUUCAGUCAUUUUGAAACAAAUAUGUGGAUACACACACUUUGAGAGUGUAUUCUAUUCUUUAGAUGAUUUAAAAUACGCUUUAAAUAUAUACAAACCUGUAAUAUACACUUUUUCAUUCAUUCAAUGGCAACUUCAUCGUGCUUUUUGCCUGAAGUGGCAGUAUUGAAAGAGAAUAGGCCUGACAGAGUUGGCUGGCUGGUUAAUGUUCUUGUGGUACACUUGCUCUUGGUGCCAUAUGACGGAUAGGUACUUGAAUGUGUAGUUCUUUUUGGAGUUGUUUUAAUGCGAUGAUUGCUUUUUCUUUGUUUUUGUGGUGGAGGGAGCGGGAGGGGUGGGAUCUAUAGCGGUGCAUGUUUUGUGAUUGAGGGAGGGAGGAGUGUAUUUUGUGUGUGAGAUGCACUGGGCGGGUGGGGACGAUGUGUUCGGCGUGGUGGAAACGCAACGUUAAAGAGGAAGAGUGACAGAAGAACAACUUGGAGAGAAGUAGAACACAUUAGGAUCCUUAUUUUGCUUGAAUUAACCUCAAAAUGACAUAUUUUUCCCUGUCUGAUUUGAUGCUGUUCCUAAAUCAUUCCCAUCGUGGAUUUUAUAUGUGGUAUCCUCUACCUUUUUAACGUUGUUUAAGGUUUCACCGCACUGAACACAGUCUUCAGUUUAGGUUUAUGUUUAAGCUACAACAGACACUGGGCUCAGAGAGGAAUUAAGGGCGAGACGGAGGGAUGUUUAUUUUUCUGAAUGUAAUUAUUCAUUAUUCACACUGAUUCCACUGCAUGGACUGAAUACGAGCAGCACUGCAGCGUCACACUCUCUCCUCAGUCAUUUAAUGACAAAACAAGCUCUCUCGGCUUCCUUUGUUUUGACAAAAGUAUACAUACUUGACCAUUAUUCUGGUUGUGGAAUAUAAUAUCAGAACUCGCGCAGGAAGAUUUCACUUCACACAGAGGAGACUUUGGAGGUUUGGUGAUGCCUGAAUGAUUUGACCCUGACUUGUUGCUAUGAUUUGCAGAUAUGUUAAGUAAAGAGAAUUUUACAAAGCAUAUUGUCUGGUGAACCUGUCAGUUAUUGUGGGAUGGCUGGGUCGAUGGAACGUUGAAGGCGCCAGAAGGGAGAAUUUGGCAGCACAGCAUCAGAUAUGACAUUCCUGGAGUGCCUGUUUUGUUUUUGUUUUUUUUGAAUGAAAAUGAACCGGAAAACUCCCCUCUAUGCAGUCUGUUAAAACUAAUGUGUGUGAUGGCAAAGAUACAUCCCAGAUUGUUUUUUAUUUAUUUCAGCUCUUAUUAAAAUGCUGUAUUUUGAGGACAGAAUGAGCUAAUCUUCACCUUCAACAGGACUGAUAGAGGGGAAGGGAAAUAUUCCUGCCUGCACCUUCUAAUUCCCUGGUAUGCUGUUGUGAUGUUUACAGAUGAUCCCGUAGAUAUAAACAUCAAUAAAAGAUGGAUUUAAGUUUA